AUGGCGCCCGUUAGGCCAAAUGGGGCGAGAAAGCCGAGCCUUGAUCGACGGCAGGCGGAAGAUAGGAGAGCGGACGACGGACGUUGCCAGACGGACACGCAAUAUGGUCCUCACUGGUGCGUCAGAUACGUCGUACUCUUGUGGGAUCCUAAACCGCCGAAACAUGCUCGUUUCGCCAGAUUUGUCCCGCUGGUGGGCUGCCCCGUUUACGAGCAAGAGACGACGGAGUACAAGGACGGAGUAGUGUCAGCCGGCAAGCGCGAAGCACAAGACUACUUCAGCCUGCCUCGCCUUGCCCCGAAUCUGCCUAGCGCCCCUUUGUCCCACCGCCUGCAAAUGAUUGGCCUGCUGCUCCCCAAGGCAGACUCUGAAAGGACCGCUGCUCGCCUGCUGACUCAUUGCUUAACCGACACUGGGCUCCGGAGGGCUGAGAGGCAGCCAAUCCCGUGCUUACAUACGGAGUAG